AUGGAGUAUAAUUACUUCAACAAUCAAAUAGAAGAAUCCUGGGAUUUAAUGGAAUACCUCAAGUUUAAAUAUGAAUAUAAUAACAACAUAUUCUCUGAUAAAAAAAUGGAGCAUAAUUUUUUCAACAAUAAAUUAAAAGAAAAAAAUUUAGAAAAUAAAACAACCAAG